ACCAACUGUAUAAGGCCCUGGUUGGUGGACGUUUAAGCCCUGAGGUCCUCUGUGCAAAUGUGGCUGGUGAAGCUUGGAUUUUACUAAGACCCGAGGACCAGAAAAGAUGAGAGGUGUGGAAGGGACCUGAGGCCAAAUGUCGUUUGCCAUGAAGAAGAUCUUUCGGGCUAAGGAAAAGACACCCUUGGGUUUCUGCGAUGCCCCACAAAUGACUGUCUCUGAGUUUUUCUUCGGUGAAAAUCCAAACUAUCCGAAAUAUCACACAACAUACAGACCCUUGGGGCAGAUCCACCGGGUUGCAGCUGAGGGCGAUGCAGGCCGGAUGGAGAUUCUUAUCACGCUUGGACAGUGCAGCGUGUACGAUAGAGACCGCAAGGACAGGACAGCUUUGCACUUUGCCUGUGUCUAUGGCCGGCUACCAGUAGUGACUGUUCUAGUGAACAAUAAUUGUGAGAUCGAUGCCUUGGACAAGAACCACAUCACCCCUCUGAUGAAGUCUGUCCAGUGCUGGAAGCAGAAAUGUGCCACUGUGCUGCUCAAGCAUGGCGCUGAUCCAAACAUUAGCGAUAGCAGUGGCAACAGUGCCUUGCACUACGCUGUGUACAACGGGCAUGAGGAGAUGGUGGCCCUAUUGCUUCAAUACAACGCUGAUAUCGAACAAAAAACCAAGGAUGGCUUCACACCGCUGUUGCUGGCACUCAGAGAAAAGCGGGUGGAGGUGGCAGAGUUCUUAGUAAGAAUGGGAGCAGACAUACAUGUUGUAGAUGACCUGCAAAGAAACACCUUGAUAUACGCUAUAAGAUGUGGAUCAAGAGAUCUGGCUGUAUUACUCCUUGAGAAAGGUAUUGAUUUCUUCUACAAGGAUGUCUUUGGAUGGACAGCAUUACGCUACGCUAUCGAAGGCCACUGUACUUUUAGACAGACACUUCUGGAUUUUGAAGAAAAUCUACAUAGUAACAAAAAUGAUAAUGAACCAGAACUAGAAGUUGAACUCAAUACCUCCUGCAUUAUGGCAAAACAAAUUGAUGCUGGAAACGACUCAUUAGCCAGGAUCGCCAGCUGUCCUAGCCCAGAGACUCCCGUGCUUACAAUGAAGGAAGCCGAGAACAGCUGUGAUACCAGGCAGAGUAACUCGGAGAGUGAGCAUCCUAACUGUGCUGGCGAUUCCCCGGCAGCUGUAGACAAAAUAUUUGGAAACAGAGGAAAAAGAACCGUGGAAGCAUGGGUUGAGAAAGGUCCAUCUUCAAAGUCUGCCACUGAAGUCAGAGAGUCUGUUACAAAUGAAGCAGUAGAAAGGAUCAAACUGUUGCCAUCUGAAUCAGAAACAGAGUUAGAAUUGAUGUCAGUAGAAGAAGAUGUGUCUGAUGAAAGCAAAAAUGACCAGCCAUUGAGAAUCCGUGAGGGUCCGCCAAAUACGUCUGGCAAUGUAUCUGUGGCAGCAGAUCCAAGAAGAGAAAGGACAAACAGACAAGCAGCAGAAUCUGCAAAGGAAUAUCCACCCUUGAUGACUACCAAUGAAAUGAAGGAUUCUGUUCUGGAUAAAGUGGUCCCCAUCAAGGAAGCAGGGAUAGUACAGUUGGAAGGGCCGGCUGUAAAAUUCACAUCAGAGGAAGAACCGAAUAGUCAAGAUGGCUUUGAAAGGAAUCCACCAUCGAAUAUUUUAAAGCAAAUCCCAGCACAGGACAUUGGCUAUUUAUCAAUAACUAAAUAUCAAAGAGGAGAAAAAAUGACAUCUCAGGAAAAAGCAGAAUCAUCUGUAAAAGUGACAUCGGUGGAAGAUCAGAAAUGCCCUGAUGACCACGAGAAGAAUCAGAGAGUGGCUGCAUUCAAACAACCUCAACCAAAGGACAUUGAAUAUUUAUCCAUGGCUAAUGAUAAAACUAGAGAAAAUUCUGCAGAAGGCCAAGAGGAAGAUUCCCCUGAACAACAACUUCAGUGGAAGCCCAUACAGCCUACAACUGAAGAGGAUCCUUCUCCACACAGAGCAUCAGCAGCAAAGCCUGGGAAACCCUUCCUCACAGCAGAACCAACUACAAGCAUAUCAGAAGGAGAACAAGAAUGGUGUGAUAGCAGAAAUAUGCAAAGACAGGGCGUUGGCAGUUUAUUUUUGGCUGAAGAUCCAAGGUACGACAGCAGCAUCCAAGAUGAGGAGGACGACCUUCCUGAAGGAUAUGUUCAACUGAAGCCUUUGGAUAAAGAGAAAACUUCUCUCCCAUGUGAAGCACUAGCAAAGAAAGAAGUAAAAGUCUUUGGCACAGAACCGGAUGAAAAUUUGUCAUCGGAGGAAAAGCAAGAAUCGAUUGAUGUUAGUGAAGAGGAACAUCCAACGGAACCUCAACAAAGGGACAUUGCACAUUUAUCUAUGGCCAAAGCUGAAAGAGGAGUAAAUGCCACUCAUAGCCAGGAAAAAGGCUUUCCCACUGAAUAUCCUGAAUUAAAGGCUUCCAUUGCCACGCAAGAUUAUGUAUCAUCUGAAGCCUCAACAUUGAAUCAGGAAAAAUCAUUCUGGGCAGGACCCAAAACUGAACAACUGAGGACAGAGGAGGAGCAUACAGGAUGGCGUGGCGGUGACAAGAGGCAGAGGAAGGCUAUAUUUGAGAGACUUCAACUGAAACGGAAUGCUCGAGUGUCAAUAGAUCCCCAAAAAAGUGAAAAAAAUACAAGAGCUGCUGAAGACAGAGGAGCCACGGCAGUCCAACUUAGGCCAGAGGAGGACCAGACAGGAUGGCAUGCCAUUGACAAGAAGCAGCAAAAGCCUGCCUUUGAGCAACUUCAAUUGAGAUCUGGUGCUCGAACGCACAUGGAUCCUGAAGAAAGUGGAGAAAAUACAGAAGCCGCUCAAGAGAAAGGAGACACAACAGUCCAACUAAGGCCAGAGGAGGACCAGACAGGAUGGUAUGCCAUUGACAAGAAGCAGCAAAAGCAAAUCGCUGAGCGAUUUCAACCAAAGUGGAAUGCUCAAGUGUCUUUGAAUCCUGAAGAAAGUGGAGAAAACACGGGAGUCCCUGAAAAGAAGGGAGCUGCAGCAGUACAACUAAGGCCAGAGGAGAACCAGAUGGGAUGGGGUGGCAGUCACAAGAUGCAAUGGAAGCCCAUCCUUGAGCGGCUUCAACUGAAGCGGAGUGCCCGAGUGUCUGUGGGUCCUGAAAAAAGUAGAAGACACAGAGGAGCUGAUAAAGGCAAAGUAGGGCCCACUAUAAGAGUUUCAUCGGAAGAAUAUUCAAGAUGUCAUGGCAAUAUAAAGAAGCCACCACGGUUGCCACCUUUAUUGUUUGAGGGAUUUCUGAACAUGACUGUUUUACUACCAAAUAAAGAAGAAGGAAGAGUUCAUGGGGAAGGACAUGUGGACAAAGAGAAUUCCGGAUAAUAUCUGUUCACUUCUGUACUAGCAUCUUGUUUAUUUCUGGAGGCAAGAAGCGACAUAUCCAUCAUGUUUAUUUUUACAAAAUAUGAACAACAAAAUGUAGCCACCAGUGACUGUCAUGGUUCAGUGAUUUAACAAAAUUUCAGAUAAAUCCUUUUAUUUUAAUUAAAAAUGUGUUAUUACUGUGUUUGUGAACAUGAUGUGUGUUGGCAUAUGUUGGGAGGUUAUAAGACAACCAUGUGAAAUUCAUUCUUUCCUUCUACUUUUGAGCUUCAGAGAUUGACUUCAGAUCACUAGAUUUGUAUGACAUGCAUCUUUACUCAAGUGGAGCUUCAUAUUUUCUAUUUAUUUGUUUUUAUUUUUUUAAAUUAAACUAUAACAACAUUUCCACAUUCACUUUACUCUCUUUAAGCCCUCACAUGCCCCUACCCCUGCCUCUUUCAAAUCCAUGGCUUCUUUUUCUGUGUUACUGACACACACACACACACACACACACACACACACACACACACACACACACGUUUGCUACCAAGUAAACAAGAAGUAAGCAUACAAGAAAGUAACCACUAAUCCUAUCUAGCCAUGAUUCCUAUGAUCCACAGCAAUGAGCAGU